UUUUUUUCAUGUUUAAAUUUAACUUUCUAAUUUCUAUAAGAAAAUUACUUUCUAAUCUUCUUAUCUUUUCUUCGAUUGCACGUUUGAGCCGACAAUUACUCAAGCUUUCAAACAUCCUGGCCUCUAUAUUCGGUUCCUUCCUGCAGCUAAGAUUCCAAUCAGCGGAGGCCUCCCCGUUCGACACACACAGGCUUCACAUCUUGGCAAUUUUCAUUGUCAUCGUCAUCUAUGCCGUAUCACUGGGAAUCGAAAUCCAACUCGAAGCUGACGGUUCAGAUUGGCUGGCGGUUGUGAGCACAAUCUCCCUCCUCACCGGAUCUCUAGCUCUGAUCCUGCUGCUUUUGAUCAUCGAGCCUUACGUUGGAUGGCCGUUGUUUAUCGUAUGGUUCUUGUACUUUGUAAAGCUGGCUUGCGAAUCCUAUAAUAAGAUCCGUGAUUCAAUUGUGUCUAAAGUCAAGCGUGCAGCUGACUUUCUGAAAUCCCAAUUCAACCCCAAUAGCAAUCAGAACGGAGAUGCAAGCCAGCCUCAGCCUACUACUGUUUAAUCGGUGAUUCCUUGUCUUCUUGUUCUUCCUUCCCCUGCUCUUUCUCCUACCCCUCCCUUAAUUUCCAUCUAAUCUAAAGAUCCAAGCAGAAUCAGUAGCAAGAAAACGCACUCCACUUUUCCCAGCGUGGUUGCUGACGGUGUUGAAUGUUUCUCCAAAAUCUUUGCUUUCACCAAUUGUUGAUUCUCUUGUAGAUCUUAUACUUGUAAAUCAGGAUCAUUUGAGGCAAAUUGGAUUUGAUUUUUUUUUAGAUUUAAUUAUGAUUUGAUUUUUUAUAAUGAAAUUCUUAUAGAAAA